GCGCCUACCGCCCCAAUGUCCUACGUCAUCGUACGUGCCCAGGAAGUUGGCUUGCUCUCACAAACACACGAAGGCGACGAGCUAACAACAAAGCGCUCGUGGAAAAUUGCGCCACGCUGAGACCGAUUUCUCCGCUACGAUGCCUUACGCUAACCAACCCACGGUAAAAAUCACGGAACUUACCGAUGAAAAUGUCAAGUUUGUCAUUGAGAAUACCGAUUUGGCGGUGGGCAAUUCUAUUCGACGUGUCUUCAUGUCGGAGGUCCCGACAGUCGCAAUUGACUGGAUCCAGAUUGACGCGAACUCGUCAGUGCUGCACGACGAGUUCAUCGCGCACAGAGUCGGUCUCAUCCCGCUCACCAGUGACGACAUUGUGGAAAAAAUGCAGUAUUCCAGGGAUUGCACCUGCGACGAGUUCUGCCCGGAGUGCUCCGUUGAGUUGACACUGGAUGUCCGUUGUACCGACGAAAAGACGCGCAACGUCACCUCCCGCGACCUGUUGUCCAACAACCACAGGGUCAUCCCGGUGACGUCCAGGAGUCGCGACAACGAUCCCAACGACUACGCCGAACGAAAUGAAAUUUUGCUGGUCAAGCUCCGCAAAGGCCAGGAACUGCGACUGAGAGCCUACGCCAAGAAAGGAUUCGGUAAGGAGCACGCCAAGUGGAACCCGACAGCGGGAGUGGCCUUCGAGUAUGACCCGGACAAUGCCCUGAGGCACACCGUCUACCCCCGACCCGAGGAAUGGCCCAAGAGUGAAUAUUCUGAAAUUGAGGAGGAUGAGGUGCAGGCUCCCUACGACCCGAACGGAAAGCCAGAAAGGUUCUACUACAACGUGGAGUCUUGCGGUUCCCUCCGACCCGAGACCAUUGUCAUGUCCGCACUGGCUGUCCUCAAGAAGAAGCUGAGCGACCUACAGACACAACUCAACCACGAAAUCCAGAGUGAUGUGCUCACCAUCAACUGAAGGAAGUCACCAUCAUAAAGAUCUCCUUCAGGGACCUGCUUACCGAUCAUGGACAUUCAGUCUUUACUGCAGCUUAGUGUACUAGCGUGUCAAUGGCCCAACCAUAUGUUGGAUGAAUACUUUGUUCAAAUUUUCCUUACGUUUUAAAUAGUGUAAUAAAAAAAAAAUGUCAAAUCA